CUCUCCGGUCACCUAGCGCCGGGUUUUGGCACCCUCCCUUGUUCAACGGAGAAUAAAGCAUCUUGUACACGAGCAUGUUUUGCCAAGCAAUUCCGCCCUGCAGAUCAUCUCUCCAGCCGCUCGGAGGGCUCGCAUAAAACACCCCGUUGCCAAGAAUUCUCCCAAAAAAAAUACGACAAAAGUGGGGCCCCCAGAGUAAGGCGGGCAACACAGCCUCGUUUCAGGUUCCAUUGAAAUUAUCUGAAAAUGCCACUUUCUGUGAACGAAGACUGCUCUCCAUCUCAUCCUAGCCGCCAGCACAACCCGUCGAGCCGGAUGCGCAUUGCUACCAUUUAUUAAUUCGUGUGCAGAUUAGCAAUGCGCGAUGCAGCCUACGACACCGAAUAUACCCUACUUGAUUCAAACUCAAAUAUAGAGCUGGCUAAUUUCCAUUCGUCGCUGGGGGAUGACAGUAAGGACAGAUGGACUUCAAAGCCUUUACCAGCAGCACCCUCAUGGAAACCUAUCCAUGCAGCAGAGCUACGUGAUGGAUGGCGCUUCGGUGCGUCUCUCGGUGCGGUCAUGUCAGUUUGCGUUCUCCUGCUGAACAUUUCCCUAACCAUCUGGGGAUCAUUGCGGAGUUCGGCUAACGAUGGACACAUUUACCAUGGGAACUGCAAAAUGGCGAAGCAGCUUAACAUAGGCAUACACGUCAUCAUCAACCUUCUAAGCACUCUUCUCCUAGGUGCGAGCAAUUAUUGCAUGCAAUGUCUCUGCGCGCCGACUAGGAGGGACAUAGAAAUUGCCCAUCGAGGGGGACGCUGGCUUGAUGUUGGGGUCCAGAGCCUGAGGAAUUUGAGAUACAUUCCCCCACUUAAGCGCUGGUUAUGGCUGGUUCUUGGUCUUUCGUCUUUGCCGCUCCAUCUCUUAUUCAAUUCCAUGUUCUACGCAACACUUGUCAAUCGCGAUUACGACAUCUACUUUGCUUCCGAGGACUGGCUAACUGGAGCCUGGUAUGAUUCAUACAAUCUUCCCGCCGGCGGUACCUAUCGCAUGAUGGAUGAAGUAAGAUAUAACUUCACGUCCAAGCCGGCCAAUGGAACAUUCACCACAUAUAUGGUACCCUCCAACGAGACCGUCAUCUACCGAUCUGACCCUGCAAAGAUCCAGUCUAGUAUCAUGCACGACGAUGGUUCGCAGUUCGAAAGAAUGGAUCUCACAGCGUGCAUUGAUGCAUAUGCAAACUCAUACAUGACUGAUCGUAGUAAUGUGGUCCUGAUUUCGGAACAUUUGUAUAACGAUACAAGGGUUCCAAAUAGUACCUACAGCUACAACGUCACCAGCAACUCCUCCCUGUACUGGGUAACAUACAGCCAUGAUACAGCUCAACCAUUAUACAAUUACCGCGACCCGUAUGGCUGGAUAUGCGACCAUUGGGCAGGAGAAUCCACCGGUUGCAACAAGGCACAAGCUAUUUCUAAGGCUGCUGAAGGAAAUUGGACUGUGAACGGUUACAAGGUGUCCGGUUGUAUGAGCCAGAAAGUUGAAGAAGUGUGUAGCGUCAACUUUACCCUCGCCAUUGGAAUCGUCGUCAUUCUUGCCAACCUCGGGAAAACGGUCUGCAUCGUGGCAGUCUGCUUCUUGUUGACUGAUCAGCCCCUUAUUACCAUCGGUGAUGCGGUGUCUUCAUUCCUGCGUACACCGGAUCGAUCCACAAAAGGAUGCUGUCUCUGGACCAAAGAGGAUGUUCGAAAGCAGUGGCGGAAUAUCCGACGUUCUGGGUGGUCUGCAGCGCCAAAACAAUUUGAACCGAAGGCUCAACGCCGCUGGAAAGUAGCGGGGGGUAUGAGUUGGGCCGGCUUCCUGCUCCUCUAUUGCGCGUCCCUCCUCCUGGCCUUAUUUCUUGUCAUCUACGGCGUCACUAAACUUAAAACCUACGGCCAGGGCUCUUUCUCUGCUAUUGCCAGUCUCGGCUUUGGCACUGCCACAACCAACACUGUAAUUGCCGGAGACGGGUGGAAAGUGCCGAAAACAGGGACUCGGGGGAUUAUAUCCAACGUACUCGUGGCCAACACACCCCAGCUCAUCCUAUCCGGUCUCUAUCUCACUCUCAAUAACCUCCUGACUCGUAUGCAGUUAGCUGCAGAGUGGGCGAGCUACUCAGCCCACCGCAAGGCACUACGAGUCUCGCACGACCGCACCGGUGCCCAGCGUGCUACAUACUUCCUUCAGCUGCCAUACCGACUCGGUCUUCCCCUCAUGGCAAUAUCCGCAACGCUGCACUGGCUUCUAUCUCAGAGUAUCUUCCUCGCCAGCAUUGACACGUGGAACUCGCGGGGGGAGGCGGACGAAGCCGAGUCGGUGUCAACUUGCGGGUACUCGCCACUUGCAAUAAUAUGCACCUUAAUUGUCGGCGUGCUGGUUAUUUUCUUUGCAAUUGGUGUCGGAUGGAGGAGGCUAGAAGGCUCUGGCAUGCCUUUAGUUGGAAGUCAUAGUGUUGGGAUCGCUGCUGCGUGUCAUCCGCCAAAGGAUGGCAAUGAUGAAACCGAGCCAUUGAAGUGGGGAGCGGUGACUACACUUGAUCGUGAAGAUGGGGCGCAGGUGAUAGGCCAUUGUAGUUUUGCGAGCUCUGCGGUCGACGUACCAGUCAGCGGAAGGUCGUACUUGUAGUAAGCGACGAAUGUAUUAUUUUG